AACGGUCAUAGGUCGAAGUGGUCACAUUGGACGCAUCUUCAUCCCAAAGGAUCCCGACAAACGAAGCAGAAGCAGCAUCAGAAGCAAAGUGUCUCGCCUCACGCUCACGCUCACGCUCACGCCUCACUUCUAAUGCCGAGAAUACCUCUUGCAUUAUUACUAGUGCAUUUCUAUACUCGUUGAAAGUGGCAGGGAAGGGACUGGUGCCCUCCCACCUCCAUGACGAAGCCGACGAAGCCGACGAAGCGGACCUCUUCAUCAAGACAGCUCGGGAAUCCUAGGCGACUCGACAUCCAAUCCUCUUCCAUUCCGACUGCGAAAGAACGAGACGACUCGAACCGAUUACAACGUACCACUACCGGUACAUGUUGCUGCCUGUCUGUACCCCCGUACUCAGCUCAGUACCGCAUAUGCGUCCUGUACCCACAGCUCAACCCACUGAAUCCACUGAACCCACUGAACUUACAACCCACUGAACUCACCACCUGGUCCACGACCCGUGCGCCCCCCAGACUCUUCUGCAAAUAUCUCUCCUCUGCCUCUGCCUCUGCCUCUGCGCCCACUAUUUCCCCCUUCUGCACAUCUCCCAAAGGGUCCAGAUUCCCACUUCCUUUUACCUCCACGGGCCUCUCCAAAUCGACAACAGACGCGCGAACCGAACACGCCGCCGACCUUUUUCUGCGCUCCACUGAAACCCCCGCGUCCAUCUGGUUGGACCCUCACAGGGUACUACGAUUACGAUUACUCGAUUCUCUUAAUCUCCUCACCAUCAUCCCAAGACAUAGAGACCAUCCCUUUUCUCGCAACUCUCCCUUUUUCACCUCUGUUGUCUCUCCGCUCCCUUGUGUGCGCUCUCGGGAAAACUACACGGCCUUACAAGGAAGUGGACCUUGGUUCUCGGUUCUCGAACCUCGAAGCUGCCCAGAGCUUUUCUUCGUAGCCGCUAACCGACCCGAACUCUCGGUCCCUGACUCGUCAUAUCCCCCCAUCGUCCCCACGUCCCGCCAAAACAACUCAAGACUAUCUCUGGGUCUGGGUCCGGCCCAAGUCUCCAGUCUGGCCAUUUCUCGCCAUCGACGGAGACUCCGAGGGAAGACGAGCCUGAAAGCAACAAGCGACACGCCAAAAGCGAAAGGGGCGCCCUUUUUUGACGAGGUCCCGUACCGUUGCUCCAACGUACAACGCAGCGACGAGCUAGAAACAGAAACAGAAACAGAAACGGGGCGGUUAACCGGUCGUGUCGGCCGAUCCUCGUUCUUCCAUACGCCCUUUCGACGGACUCCUCUAUUUUUCUUUGACGCCGGACUGCUGGGAUCACCAUAUCAUAUUGACCGCGGUCUUCACGCUCGAAGACCGAUUUCCUUGACGGCCUCUUCUGCCUUUUUGUCUCCCCGUAUACCCAUGGAAUCUGCAGAGGAUGCCCCGGACCCCAGAUUGCCUUCCAGACUGUUAAGAAUGGCAUCUGCUUUUGUCUUCUAA